AUGGUACUAUGGUUCAUUGCCGCCAAAGGGACUCCUCACUUGACAUGCGUGGCGCCGUUCGAAGGCUUGAGUGAUGGUCUACGGGGUAGUUUGCGCCGAGGCGGCAUUCCCAAGCCAGAGUUCACCGAAAUGGCAUGGAGCCGUUUGUCGCAUGAGUAA